AUGGUCCUCGUCAAGGAGUACCGUGUCGUGUUACCCUGUAGUGUUGAGGAGUAUCAAGUGGGUCAGCUCUUCUCAGUGGCUGAAGCAAGUAAAAAUGAAACUGGAGGAGGCGAAGGUAUUGAAGUCCUGACUAAUGAACCGUAUGUGGAAAAUGGCGUAAAAGGGCAAUACACACACAAAAUAUAUCGUAUAAAAAGUAAAGUCCCUGGAUUUGUGGCGAUGCUUGCUCCUGAAGGGGCUUUUGUUUUUCAUGAAAAAGCCUGGAAUGCAUACCCCUACUGCAAAACCGUCGUUACGAAUGAUUAUAUGGGAAAUAACUUCUACUUAGAAAUCAAAACAUGGCACAAACCAGACCUUGGAGAGCAAGAGAACGUGCACAAGCUGGACAAAGAGACGCUAGCGUCCAGAGUGGUUGUACCCAUCGACAUCGCAGAUUCAUCACAGGUGUCUGCAGCUGAUUAUAAAUCUGAUGAGGACCCAACUAUAUUUAAGUCGGUGAAGACUGGUAGAGGACCCCUUGGACCCAACUGGAAGAGAGACUCAAGUUGCCCCAAAAUGUGUGCCUACAAGCUGGUGACGGUGAAGUUUAAGUGGUGGGGACUUCAGAAUAGAGUGGAAAACUUCGUCCAUGAGCAAGAGAAGAGAAUUUUUAAUAACUUUCACCGCCAGCUCUUUUGCUGGAUUGACAAGUGGGUCGAGCUGAGUAUGGAUGACAUCAGACGGAUGGAGGCGGAGACUCAAAAGGAGCUGGAAGAGCUUCGUAAAAAGGGUGCUCUACGAGGAACCACUGCUGCAGAUGAAUGA